AUGAGACGGCGGGCAGGAGUUGGUGCUAUUCAAAAACAGAGACUUGAGCAGGAGAAGUAUAGAGAAAAAGGUUCCGAAAUCCAGGAGAACCAAUUUCAACAGAUGUCCAAGCAAUUAGAUGUUUUCAGAGAAAACUUGGAAGAAUUUGCCUCUAAACAUAAGAAUGAAAUUAAGAAAAACGCUCAGUUUAGGCGUCAAUUUCAAGAAAUGUGUGCUGCAAUCGGCGUUGACCCAUUGGCCUCUGGGAAAGGAUUCUGGUCAGUUUUAGGCAUUGGUGAUUUUUACUAUGAGCUUGGUGUGCAAAUAGUUGAGGUGUGUCUCGCUACGAAUUAUAAAAAUGGUGGUCUUAUAACGUUGGAUGAAUUAAGAAGUAGAUUGAUAGCCGCUAGAGGCAGAGCGAAGAAACAUCAGGAUAUUACUAAUGAAGAUCUUCUUGCGGCUGUUAAAAAGCUUAAGAUAUUUGGCAAUGGUUUUACAGUUGUAUCAGUUGGUAAAGGGAGGUGGUUAGUACAAUCUAUACCAGGAGAACUGAAUUUAGAUCAAACAUUAGUACUUCAAAAGGCUAGUGCUCUCGGUAAAGCUUGGAUUUCUAAAUCAGUACUCAUCAAUGAUCUGGGUUGGAAUGAAACAAGAGCUCUGAAUGCUUUGAAUCAUAUGGUUAAAGAAGGUUUGGCUUGGAUUGACACUCAACAUUACUGUGAAAUUUUAUAUUGGUUUCCGAGUAUGUUCAAUGAAUGUGUUACAGCAUCAUAA